GCCAUUUGACAAUGCUCGACCUGGACGCAAAAAUAGACUUUGAGGGACAGCGUCUUUCCGAAAGAUACCUUCACCUCAUCCUUACAUUCAGUGGAAUAGUAUCCUUCUUGGUGGGCUUUGCGCUACAGUCACUCCAAACAACCUUAUACAUUCUACUUGCUGGUGGGAUAAUAGCGUCAUUGGUAUCCAUACCACCUUGGCCAAUGUAUCGAUCUCAUCCAGUGAAAUACCUGCCAAAGAUUGAAAUACCAACAGACACCGAUGUGGAAGUGAAGGAGGGGCAGAAGGAGACUGGGGUGUGGCCAGUUGUGAAGAGGCUAUUAUUCUGAGUUGCGAGUAUUGUAGCAACAACCAAAUGAAAACAUUCGACUGCAAGUUAACAACGCAUCCUGCUCUACCCAUGUUCUAUUAUGAAAAUAAUUGCUAAUAUUUACAUGCCGCAUCUUCCCAAAGGACCGUUUCCCGGAAGCAGACAUCCCCAUUAUAUAGACUGAUGAUCUUCCACUGUCCCUUCAUGCAUUAAAAUACUGCUGAA